AUGGCCCUCGAACACGGAAACCCCGCCGACCUCCUCCCUAUCCACUGGAAAUCGCAAAUCACAACCUGGUUUGCAGAAGAUACUCCUUCCUUCGAUUAUGGCGGAUUCGUCGUUGGAGAUGACGAACGAACUGCGACUUUAUACGGAAAAUCGCGAGGCAUAUUGGCAGGCGUACCAUUCUUCGACGAGGUAUUUGCACAAGCUGGAUGUUCGGUGGAAUGGCAUAUGAAGGAGGGAACGUUGGUUGAUCCUGGCGCAUCCGGAAAAGUGGCCGUGGCUACAGUUACAGGGCCAGUACGGAAAUUAUUAUUGGGGGAGAGAGUUGCGCUUAAUACAUUGAGUCGCUGUUCAGGGAUUGCGACGAAAUCAAAGGAUAUGGAGAUUUUGGUUAGGAAGGCGGGGUAUAAAGGGAUUCUUGCUGGAACGAGGAAAACUACACCGGGGUUCCGGAUGGUGGAGAAAUAUGGAAUGAUUGUUGGGGGUGUUGAUGGACAUAGACAUGAUCUGUCUAGCAUGACUAUGUUGAAGGAUAAUCACAUUUGGGCUAGGGGAAGUAUUACCGAUGCCGUUAAGGCUGCGAAGGCCGUCGGUGGGUUCUCACUAAAGAUUGAGGUAGAGGUUGAUAGUGAAGAAGGUGCUGAUGAGGCUAUUGCCGCUGGGGCUGAUAUAAUUAUGUUGGAUAACUUUUCAGGAGAUGGGUUGAAAGUAGCUGCGAAAAGUUUACGGCAAAGGUGGGCUGGGAAGAGAGAGUUCUUAUUGGAGUGUAGUGGCGGACUUACUUCUGAGAACGUGGAGACUUAUAUCAAUAACGACAUCGAUAUAAUAUCCACGAGUUCGAUACAUCAAGGUGUACCUCACAUCGAUUUCUCUCUGAAAAUCGAUCAUUAA